AUGGUGUGCCUUCCUCUUGUUCUGAACAGCCCCCAACAGUAUCAGUUAGACAAUGAAAUUAAUGAAAUAAUAGAGGAAUCUUGGGGACAUUGGAUGAAUCUCACCUCCUCAUUUGUGAAUCAACAUUUAGGAUUUGCCGAUAACUCCACCCAAAAUAAUAUCACUCUUGAAAAUCAUCUCCUGAUAACCAUUCCACGAAAUCUAGUCUCAGCUUUAUUCUCGCAAUGCGCAGGACCUUCCGGAAAUGAGAGCUUAUUUAAAGCCAUCUCUCUCGACAUUAAGUUUAACUUCACUGGGCUAUUGAAUGUCCCCAUAUUUCGAAGUAAAGCAAUUGAAUUCAAGGGAUACUUUGUCGCUCAGGCAGUUGAAAUGAUGGUGGAGAAACUGGAAGUGGGACUUCUUCCUCCAAACUUUGAGCUUCUUCUGGAAGCUCUAGUCUCAGAGCGGAAUAAUGAGAAAUCGGAGGAAACUGGUAGCACCACAGCUCUCGAUACUGCUGAUCGAUUUUGGUCUGAAGCAAUCAAAGGUGCCUCUGAUAGGGAACGAGCCAUUAGAACAGCACUUGUGAGUCUUCAUACAGAUAAGCAGAUUCUCAAGAGAACCACCCAUCUUCAGCGAAUUUUGGGCCAAGAUUUCGUAAUUGUACGUAACUCUUCGUCUUCCUGUUCAUUCCGGCUUGCCCAACUUCCCCGCAUUUCCCAUUACGCUCUCCGAUUAAUACGCUCCACAAGAAAGAGCUUUAGAUUCAAGGAACAGCUUCAGGGUCUACUUAGAGCAGCUGUCACUCUAAAUCAAAUAAGUAAACUUCCAAGUUUUACGCAAAGUCUUUCAAAUUUUGCCGGAUUGGCCUAUAAAAUGGGGCUUUCAAAAGCUUCGUCAAAAACGUCAAUACAAAAUCUGCUGUUGAGUGUUCACGGAGUCAUUGGCAUGGAGUUUGAUCGCAUUGUGAGUGCAUUUGAAACUCAUAUUGCUGCAAAAGUGAUUAAUGCCCGCCUUGCAUCCGCAUUAGAACGAUUUACAGCACCUUGUGACAGACUUGGCGCCAUCGCUUGGGAUGCUGUGAAGAGUACCUGCAUUGUAAAUUCCCCCGCAAUGAUGAAGCAGGGCAAAUUCGUGCCCAUCUUUCAGAGAAUGGCGGCAGUUGGUUUGGCCAUCUUACUUCUCAUAUCCCUUUAUUCCCUGCUUUGUCUUAUUUAUAUUUGUAUCAUAAAAUCUCUCUCCUCCUCAAAGCAGUCUGCUUAG